GUCCCCCGCGAGCGGACGCUUGCUGUCGCCGCGUACCUCGGCCCUUCGGCGGUUAACGGUUAACCCCACUGGGCUUGCGGAUGCUGAGUCCAGAAGGGGGCCGAACUAACUUAACCCGAAUCUGUCUCGUGUAGAGUCGGGACAGAGGGUUGCUUCACCGAGCUCGUCCUGCCGCAGAGCCGGGCCGGACACGGGCUGGGACAGGCCUGGCCUGGGUGGCGAGCCCGUGGACACCCAGCUCAGGACCUCAGGCCCCUGCCUGUGCCUGGAGGAGAGCAUGGAAGAGCGGGAUGAGAAGCCCCCAGAGCCCCUGAAGGCCUGUGCGCAGGACUCUCUCUUUCCUCAAGAGAUUCUCAUCAAGGUCGAGAGAGAAGAUGCUGGGUCCCUGGGCAGCCCAUCCCAGGAAGAAGUGAACUUCAAAAUUGUGACUGUGGACUUCACUCAGGAGGAAGAGGGCAUUUUGAACCCUGCCCAGAGGACCCUGGACACAGAUAUGAUCCUGGAGAACCACAGGGACUUGGUCUCUUGGGAUUCGGCAGCUGCACUUGGAAGAAGAGAAUCGUCAUCAAAGCAGAGCAUUUUUGAUGAUGAACCAUCCCAUGGAGUGAAGAUAGAAAGGUUGACAAGAGAUGAUCCUUGGUUAUCUUCAUGUGAAGAAGUUUGGGUUUGUAAGGACGAGUUGGAGAAGCGACAGGAAAAAGAAGAGAGACUUUUGAAGAAAUUGGCAGUGACUCAAAAGACCACUAUUACUCAUGAGAGAGUCUGCAAAAGUGAUGAACUUGAGAAGAGUGGUCUGAAUUCCAGUCUUCUUUCACCUCAUAUGAUACCCAUAAGAAACCAUUUUCACAAACAUGCCACACGUGUUAAAAAAUUACAUUGUAAUUCUAUCGUGAACAAUCAUCAGAUAAUUAAUGACAGAGAGAAACUAUGUGAAAAUAAUGAAUGUGGGAAACCCUCCCAGAGCAUUCAUCUUAUUCAGUUUACAAAAACUCAAACAGAAGAUAAAUCCUAUGGAUUUAGCAACAAUAGUCAAUCUUUCAGCCAUGAUGUACCCCUAAAUAUACAUGAGAAAAUAAAUGCAAGAGGAAAAUCCUUUGAUUUUAAGGAAUGCGGGCAAGUUUUGAACCAUAGCAUAUCCCAUAAUGAACAACAGAGGAUCCCUGUUGAAAAGAAUCAACAUAAAUGUAGUAAAAUCUCCCAGAGUUCAUCUCUUGUUCAAAACAUGAAAAAUUCGGAAGAGAAACCCUUUGAAUGUAACCAAUGUGGGAAAUCCUUUAGCUGGAGCUCUCAUCUUGUUGCACAUCAGAGAACUCAUACAGGGGAGAAACCUUACGAAUGUAAUGAGUGUGGGAAAUCCUUCAGCCGGAGCUCUCACCUUGUUUCCCAUCAGAGGACUCAUACUGGAGAGAAACCUUACAGAUGUAAUCAGUGUGGAAAGUCCUUUAGCCAGAGCUAUGUCCUUGUUGUGCAUCAGAGAACUCAUACUGGAGAGAAGCCUUAUGAAUGCAGUCAAUGUGGAAAGUCAUUUCGGCAGAGCUACAAACUUAUUGCACAUCAAAGGACUCAUACUGGAGAGAAGCCCUAUGAAUGUAAUCAGUGUGGGAAAUCAUUUAUCCAGAGCUAUAAGCUUAUUGCACAUCAAAGAAUUCAUACUGGAGAAAAACCCUAUGAGUGCAAUCAAUGUGGAAAAUCCUUUAGUCAGAGUUAUAAACUUGUUGCCCAUCAGAGAACUCACACAGGAGAAAAACCGUUUGAAUGUAAUCAGUGUGGGAAAUCCUUCAGCUGGAGCUCUCAGCUUGUUGCACAUCAAAGAACUCAUACUGGUGAGAAACCCUAUGAAUGUAAUGAGUGUGGGAAAUCUUUCAACCGCAGUUCUCACCUUGUUAUGCAUCAGAGAACUCAUACAGGAGAAAAACCCUACGAAUGUAAUCAGUGUGGGAAGUCUUUCAGCCAGAGUUACGUUCUUGUUGUACAUCAGAGAACUCACACUGGAGAAAAGCCCUAUGAAUGCAAUCAGUGUGGGAAAUCCUUCAGGCAGAGUUCAUGCCUUACUCAACAUCAGAGAACUCAUACUGGAGAGAAACCCUAUGAAUGCAAUCAGUGUGGAAAAACGUUCAGCUUGAGUGCUCGACUUAUUGUACAUCAAAGAACACAUACUGGAGAGAAACCCUUUACGUGUAAUCAGUGUGGGAAAGCUUUCAUUAAUAGCUCUAAACUUAUUAGACAUCAAGCAACUCACACUGAAGAUAAAUCCUAUGAAUGUAACUAGUUUGGAAAUAUUUUAGCCAGAGUACAUUCCUUCCUUCCUCCCUCCCUCUGUUUCUUUUAUAAGGGAGCACUUGUAUUGGAAAGAACUAGUAUAAAAACUGUGGAAAAGCUUUCAGUAACCCUUUGUUGUUGUGUAGCUGGAAAUUUGUUCUGGAGAAAAGGGGAACUAUGGAUCACCUAUUUUCCUUAGAAAUUCCAGGUACAAAAUUAAACUUAGCCCUUAUGACACAUUCCCAACAAAAAAUAAUAAAUAUUGGCACUUUUCUUGCUGAAAUCACCCAGACCUGAUUCUGAGAGAAUUACCAUAAAAUGGAGAAUAUGUUGUGGAGUUAUUGCCAGUGAGGUAGACCUCUUUUCCGAUAAAGAGUAAAUGAGAAUGCUGACACUGGUGGGCUUGUUAUUGAGAAGGUUGGAAGAUUGCUCUAGUUAAUAGAAAUUAAGCUGGAAAACAGUAAUUCAGUUUAUCAUCUUACAACGUGAUUUCCCCACCAGCUACUUUAAUUCAGUUUAUCACCUUACAACAUGAUUUCUCUACCGUCUGUUUUACAUCCUGUUUCAUCAGCACUUUCUGUUUAUGUGAAGAUUUUGUAAAACUUAUUUUGUAAAACUUAGGAAAAGUUGACAUAAAGUUGACAUAAAGUAAAAAAUGCAGGACAAGAAUAUAAAACAUUCAUUUCUAAAACCAUUGUGAUAAGAUACUUGUGUAUGGAUGAGAAUUGAAAGGGGUUCUAGGUGUGUUUUGACUUUUAGGUUUAUGCCUGGUUUUCUUCUUUUGGGGGGAAUGUAUACUGUUUUGAUAUUCUAAAUGAUAUGAGUAAAAAUUAGUCAAAAGCCAAAAGAAAAAUACAAAGAUUUCCAUCUCCUUUGACCAUUUAGGAAAGACUGGACAGCCACAUAGCAAAGAUCCCCAGGGUUUUGAGAUUUCCAUUUGGAUUAGUAUGAUUGGGUCACUCUAGAAUUUAGGAAUAUUCUUCAUUGAAAAUGAAAUAUUUCCAUGGGAAUGUGGAACUGGAAAUUUAGGCCAGAAAGGCUUUUAUAUGAGGAACUGAGAAUGUGUUAGGCAGUAUAAGGGCAAGUGGGCUUUUUUUUUUUUUUCUUCAUAUAUCCAAAGCAGUGUAAAGGAGUUUUAUUUUUAAGGUUUUUUUUUUUUCCUCCCCUCAAUAGAUUGUCUUUUUUUCUGUGGGAUAUAUUCCCUAAUGUGAGAGUCCUUUGAGUGGGAAGGCACUGCCCUGGCCAAAUGCUUGUCAUCUAAAUUAAGUUUGCAAGAAAGCUUUUAGUGAGGUAAGAUUUGUAGCUUCUCAUUGAUUUAUUUUAUUUUAUUUUAUUAGAUUUGGUUCACAUGUUUUUCUGGCCUUUUCCUCUAAAUCAUGAAUUCUAAUCCUGUGGAUUAUGGACCUGAAACCUCUGAUCCCAGAGAGUUAAUAAAAAAUAAUCUGAGAUUUGAAGUGAGAGAUCAGAGAAUAAAGGUAAAUUCCCAGGAG